GCGGGUGACUACGAGAACGACCACAGUGGGGGCGGGCAUGGGGACGAUUACGGGAAUGGAGCUGGUGACAUGGACGAUGUAGGGUUAGGCAUGGACGAUGCUGAGUAUGAGGAUGAUUAUGAGUUCUCGUCAGUCUCAUCGCUGUCGGAUGCGUCGCAGAUGGAGCUGGAGGAUAUGGCCGAGCUCGUCAUCCUCACCUGUGUCGCAGGCGAUGCCCGUCUGCUGGCAAAGGUCCUGGUGACCGAGAAAGGUGGUCAGCUCGAUCUGGAUGGCGUGACGUCGGCCGACGGUGACACGCCUAUGGUGCUGGCGUGUCAUGGCGGGCACGUUGAUGUGGUUGCUGUCUUGCUCGCGGCAGGCGCCAGUCCGGACGCAGAGGCUCCGUCCGAGGAGAUCCCCAUCCUGGUUGCCAUCGAGGAGAGUCAUCUAGACGUUGUCGAGCUGCUCUUGGACUCAGGCGCGCUACACGUCAACACCGGCGGUGCAUACGAUGCGCUCGACUGCGUCAUCACCGCUCUCGACGCCGGCGAUCCAACCGUGGUUGGCGCGCUGGCCGAGGCCGGCGCCCAGCUCGGCGGUCACUUUCUGGCCGCCAUCGAGAUGGGCGACGAUGAGGUUGUCGAAUUGCUACUGGCGGUCGACCAGUUUGCGCCGGCCCGCAUCGAGGAUCCACAGGGCCGCGGACCCAUCGAGUUGGCGGUCGCGGCAGGCAACGCGUCGACCCUGCUGCUCCUUGCCAACUCGCAACUCUUCCCGUCGUGCAUCAUCUCGCUCGACACUUCGGGCUUGAUCAACCCGCAGCGUAUCAUCAGCGCCAUUGAGCACCCAGAGUUGGCUUCGCUCUUUGAGCACCAGUACAGUGAGGCAGAGCAGACGCUCGACAUUGCCUACCACAACCCGGCUAUUCCUUUCCCACUUCCGCUCUCGUCCUCGCACUCUUCAAUGCUGUCGCAGCCGUCCUCGCCGCGCGGGCGCAAAGUCCAGUUUGCCGACGGCCACUCGAUUAUGAACGAUGUCCUCGACGCCGAGUCGAGCGACAUGCUCUCCGACGACGACAACCAGAAGAUCUUCACCUCGCUGCCCGAAAUUGCGUCUGACGCCUUUGGCCUCCCGCCGCCCAUGCCCGACACCGUGGCCAAGGCCGAGGAGCUAGCGGCGACGUCGGCCAAAGCCGAGGCCGACGCGCCGGCCGAGGCCCGCGCAGCCGCAGAAGCCCAUGCGCGCGAAGCCGCUGAGGCCCGCGCCAUGGCUCUCAUGGAGCGCCACGAUCACGAGCUCGCGCAGCUUCACGCCCGCGCUCUGGCCGAGGCCCAGGCCCGUGCCGGCAUCGAAGCCAAGCUCGAGCGCCUGGCAAGCCAGCAGCACGCCUCGCUCGUCGCUGCAGAGCAGCGUGCCACCGCAGAGGCCGAGGCCCGCCGCAAUGCCGAGGAACGCGCACGCGCCGCGGCAGAGGAAAAAAUCCGCGCUAUCGCUAUGGCUCAGGCCCGUGGCCGUGCGGAGGGGCGAAUGUCGGCCCUGGCUGAAGCGGCUGAGGAGGAGGAGCGCCGCAAAGCCGCCGUUGCCGAGGCCGCUCUCAAAAAGGCCGCGCAUGACCGGGUUAUGGCCGCAAAGGCUGCGCGCGAGCAGCGCCUGGCCGCCGCAGACGCCGCCGCUGCUGCGCAAGUUCUCCCGCCUACCACAGACACCGCAGAUGCCGCCUCAGUCGCCUCGUCCAGCCUCUCCCAGACAUCACAGGGAAGCAAGCGCCUCGAGGCGCGAAAACGUGCCGCAGAGGCCAAGCAGACCGCGCUCGCCAGUGACCGCGACGCUCGCCACGACGAGCUGGUAGUCAAGCAGAGCGCCCGUGCUGCUGAGGUUAGACGGCGCAAUGAGCGGGCAGCCCGAGUCGCCCGUGCCGCCGAGGCCAAGACAGUUGCUUGGGCCGACGGCGGCGAUGAAUCGCCCUCGCAGCGCAAGCCGCGGCCCAAGCCAUCACGUACCGAGCGGACCCGACCGAGGCAGCCGGUCCGCCACGAUUCGAGCGAAAGCGAGAGCGACGACGGCGGCGAAGACGUCCAUGAGCUCACUGCCUACCUCACCGGCCAGCUCAACGCCCGACAGGAGAUGGUCGACGAGCUGCAGAACAAGCUCGAUCGGGCCCAGGAAAUGGCUAUGCUCGCUGCACGACGCAACGAGAUGCUGCGCCGCAAGCUCGCCCGCCUCCGGCUCGGCGCUCCCAUGGGCUCGGCCUUUGGCAUGACCGCCAUGCUUGGCUCCACGCUUGGCAACACCAUGCUGCAGAGCGCCGCCAAGCAAUCGACAGGCCUGCCGCCGUCAGCCUCCAGGAUCGAGGCUGACUUGUCCAAACUCCGCGAGGAGAACAGGCUCCUUGUAGCCUCGAUCAACAAGCUCCGCGGCGAGCCAGACGAUGCUUCCAUCAGCGAUGUCGCCUCGGUCGUCUCGGCGCUGGCGCCAGACUGGAACGAGCCCCAGCGCGUCGAUCUAGCGUUGCCGGGUUCCGACAGCGGCGCCGAUGAUGGUGCCGACGACGCGUACUCGUACUAUGACGAGGACGAUGAGCACUUUGAAGGAGAACCUCCGACGCCAUCAACCCGGGCGCCGCCGCGGGGUGAACGACGCAAACUGGUCAACCCGCGGCUGGAAAAGCAGCUGGCGGCAGCCAAGGCCGCGUCCCCGCAAGCUAUUGCCGCCGCGCAGGCCAAGGAGCACCAGGCAGCAAUGGCUGCUCGCGACGCUGCUGAUGCUGCCGAAGCUGCUGCUGCCCAACAGGCUGCCGCCCAGCACCAACUCGCCGCCCAGCAGCAGCUACUACGCGAGCAGCAGGCCCAGAUCGAGGCCCAUCGAGCUCACAUGCACCACAUGCACCAAAUGCACCAGCAUCAACUUCACGCAAUGUGGGGCCAGCUGCAGGCCCGUCCGCAUCCGCAGGCUCUCCAUCCCGGCUACGUACCGCCUGGCCACGCCCAUCCGCCCCCAGGCUACGUCGCAGCUCCGGCCCCGUCCAGCGCGCCGCCGCCCACCGACCCCAUGGGCCGCAUCGGCGGCCCUGUGCAGCGGGUUGAAGUUGUACGCGGCUCCCGCACGUCGCGUCGCGAGAAGCGGGCGGCCAAGGCUGUCGCUCAAAAGCAGCAGCCGGCGUCCGCCGCUCCCCCCGCAGCCCCGGCACCCGCAGCCGCGGCACUCCCGGAACGAGAGGCGCUCAAACAGGCUGCUCUCGCUGCUGUAGUCGCGGAACGGCCCGAGCUCAAGGGCCUCACUCUCCACGAGCUCGAGCUCUUCCUCGCCUCACAGCUCCGCGAUCCGUGGGAGGACGACUUUGAGGCCGAGAUGCUGGCAUCGUCACGCCGCCCGCGAAAGGGCGCGGCCCCGACGCGUCCGCCGCGCAAAAGCAGUAGUGCGCUGGCUGGCAUGGCCGCCACCCGCGGCGAGUCGAAUCCAUUUGACGCUGCCAGUCCCGCCGUUCCCAGCCGACGAACUGAUACCGCUGCUGCCUCGGUCUCGACUCGCCGGCACGCCCGGCGAAUGGACGCACUGAGCAAGCGACCGCCGCCGUCGCCGGUCAUGACUCGGCGCGAACUGAUGGACCACAACAAGCGCGAGCGCCAGGUGCGCAAAGCCCGCGUCCUCGCCUCAGUCAACACCACGCCUGGCCAACGAGGCCGAGGCCGUGGAAACCGGGCCACAAACCGCAGCCGUGGUCGCCAACCACGCCGCCGUGGUCGCGUCCGCGUCCAGCCGUAG